AAUGAUUCUUCAGUCCCUUCUCUUCACCAAGCUCGGUGCUCCUUUUGAGACUCCCUCUGGAGGCGCUUGGGAUGACCAGAUCACCUACAACUUCACCACUGAUCCCGAGUACACCGACAACGGCUACGUCAAGCACUACACUGACCUCUGGAGCCCGGCAUGGCAGCACAUGGACAACCUCGACCACAUCCGCCCCUCCAUGGGAGUUCCUUCCUGGGACGCUCCUUCCCAGUGGAACCUCCCCGGACGCGCGUUCCCUGGCCCUGCCGCUGACAAGUUGUAAGUUUGGUUGGAGACUUGCGAUUUUUUGAGAAUUUUAAAGAUUGAGAUCUUGUGA